GUCCGCGCAUGCGCACUGCGUUGUAUCCGGGUCCUGCGUUCCCUCGGUCGGCGGGAAAUGGCGCCCGGGAUUUAGCUGCCGCCGUCCGGAGAUACGGAGGACACGGACACCGGGGAAGACAAAAAGAAUACAGCAACAGCCAGUGAUUUCACCGCUUAUCACCCGGAGCCCACCGGGGCACUCCAGCUUUUAUGUGGCGCUCUUAAAGAUGAGGCUAAGGACGCGGAAGGGGUCUCCGCGCAGCAGUCACGGUCCUGCCGGGCGCACUGCACGUACUAAGAGGAAGCACUCAGAAGAAGAGGAGGAGGAGGAGAGCUCUCCUCUUGCAGAAAAGUUGUCUAAACCAGACACCGGUCUGCUGUCCACCAUAAAGAACUUCAUCAAAGGCAGCACAACAAAGGAGGAUCGAGAGAACCCUGCAAAGAGGAGCAGGGUGGAGCGUGACCUCGAUAACAACCUCAUCACCUCAACUCCACGUACCGGUGACAAGCCAAGCAAGCCCAUUGCACGCGUCCGGCGGAAAAGUCAAGUGAAUGGAGAAGUUGCCGGCUACGAGGUGACCCCUCAACAUCUGAAACAAAAUGGAAAGCUGGAGGAUGCAUCUCUUCCAACCAGCCCACCCAGGACCACAUUGCUGGGGACCAUUUUUUCUCCUGUCUUCAACUUUUUCUCACCAGCAAACAAAAAUGGCACGUCUGGGUCAGACUCUCCAGGACAAGCGGUGGAAGCUGAGGAGAUAGUGAAACAAUUGGAAAUGGAGCAGGUGGAUGAAAUCAGCACCAGCACCACCACAUCCACUAAUGGAACGCCCUACCCCAGUCAGGGUACACCUGUCCGUUCAGCAGCCAAUAGCUGGCUAGAGACCAGCGAGGAUACUCCUGAGCGGGAUAUCCCAACGUUAACAGCUCCAGUGUCCCCAGACAGUGGUUACUCCUCUGCACAUGCUGAAGCAGCAUAUGAAGAAGACUGGGAGGUGUUUGACCCAUACUAUUUCAUUAAACAUGUACCACCCCUGACUGAAGAGCAACUGAACAGGAAGCCAGCUCUCCCCUUAAAGACCAGGAGUACACCAGAGUUCUCCCUUGUCCUGGACUUGGAUGAGACACUGGUUCACUGCAGCCUCAAUGAGCUGGAGGAUGCUGCCCUGACGUUUCCGGUGCUGUUCCAAGAUGUCAUUUACCAGGUUUAUGUGCGGUUAAGACCUUUCUUUCGUGAGUUCUUAGAACGUAUGUCCCAGAUUUAUGAGAUAAUCCUUUUCACGGCCUCAAAGAAAGUCUAUGCAGACAAAUUACUGAAUAUUUUGGAUCCCAAAAAGCGACUGGUCAGACACAGACUUUUCCGAGAGCACUGUGUGUGUGUCCAAGGCAAUUACAUUAAAGACCUGAACAUCCUGGGGAGGGAUCUUUCUAAAACAAUCAUCAUUGAUAACUCACCACAAGCCUUUGCAUACCAGCUUUCAAACGGGAUUCCCAUUGAGAGUUGGUUUAUGGAUAAAAAUGACAAGGAGCUGCUGAAGCUUGUCCCUUUCCUGGAGAAGCUUGUAGAACUGAAUGAGGAUGUGCGGCCUCACAUCAGAGACAGAUUUCGCUUACACGACUGUUUGCCGCCAGAUUAGAAGGACAUCAAGCACCUGCAGGAUUCCCUAACUACCGGGGGGCGGCAGCUUUCAGAUGCCUGCAGGGGAGCAAAAGCUGCAAAACCACAGGACUGAAGCAUACAUGUACACAACCAUUUGCCAUAACUGCUGAAGGCAUUUCUUUACUUUGCUGUCCAAAAAAAAAAUAUAUAAAAAAAGAAAAAAAAAAUUAUAUAUGGGGAAAAAAAGGAACGGUUUCACAGUGACGUGUUGUGACUGGUUUGGUGGCACAUCACUGGGCAGCUUGGCCUCCUCCCAGGAAUUGUUAUGUCUCCAAGAGAAACCCCGCUGUCUGUGAGCUGCAGAUUGCAUCCUAUCCGCUGUUGAAUAGUUUGUCCGUGUCAGCAGGAACGGAGAGAUUUUUUUUCUUUCUUUUUCCCCCCUCAGUUUUAGCCUCCUACACAGUGAUCCUUCUUAGUGUAGAUUAUUCGUUAUCCAUUCCUUGCAUUUCAGUCGGUUUUAGUAGCCAAAUUUUACCUUUUUAUUUUUGUAUAAUAUGUUUGGCUGUUCCUAUUCUCUGCUUGCAUAAUGUGUUUUUUUUUUGUUUGUUUUUUUUCUAGGUAAAAUUAAAUUCUUAAAGUUCAAUCCAUGUAAGCUCCAUUUAGAAAUACAUAUAUCUUUUAUAUUUUAUCUGUAAUCCAUUCUAGUACUUUUUAAAAAACAUAAAGCUUUUAAAAAGCAAAGUAGAGAGAGUGGGAAUAUUGUACAGAAGUGUGGUGCCUGCGUACAGUACAGGGGGGAGGGGAUGUAUUUCCUGUGACUAGGCCAGGAUUGUGUUUUUACAUACUUUCCUCUCUGUACAUGCAGAUCCAAACACCCAUUACACACCUAUAAAUAUAUAUAUAUUUCCGCUCACACAUGUAUACACACGGCCUCUCCCUCCUAUACGUAUCCAUCCACAGCUCUGGUACUGAUGCAGCUAAUUUGAAUGGUGGGUAUUUUUGUAUGAGGUGCUCUGUCCUGCAGGGAAGACGUACAGAAGGAGGUGUCGUGGGUGCAAGGUUGCUUGCUGUUCUGGUGGGUGCCCUAUGUUUCAGUGGUGCACUCACUUCCUAAAAAAAAGAAGAGAAGGCACUUUUUUUUCCAUUUUCUUUUUCUUUUCUUUUCUUCCUCCUUUUCUAAAAUAAAAAGAGGUUUGUAUUUUGUAAGCUUGUUCAGAGAGUACAGUAUUGGAAGUUAAAGCUCUACAGAGGAGGCUGUUCAUCCUUUUUGUUUCUAUGUAUAUUACCUGUUUAACUGUAUGCCAUUUUAUUGUAUAAAUUUACACAUGGAUUCAUUUUCAAGUCACUCCUUAAAGUAAGGAGUUUUUUUAGUAAGUUUUUAGGAAAACAUUUAAUUUUUGUAUUUUUGAUUUUAAAGAAAAAGCAUGAGUUCUGUCAUAUUUUCAGUGUAUUAAUGAAGAUUUUAACCUU